CAAUGAUACUCAAAAGAUAAAACCAAGACUAAAACUCUCCUCUUUUUUAAGAGGAAAAUUAAUGGAUUACUAGAAACUUAGAAAUCAAUCAAAAUUGUGCGGCGGAUCCUUCUUUAGCAGAGCAUUUGGAAAUAGUCAAGUGUUUUUUCUGUAGUCGAGCUACUAGAAAUGGGAAUCAGUUUUCUUUUUGUAGAACUUUGUAUUUCUCUCUCAUCUUCUUUUGCAAUUUUGAUCCUGUAAUUAUUCCUCAACCCAAAAAGUUAUACUCCAUUGUUUCAACUCACAAUUUAUCUUCUUUAUGAUAUUUAUGAUAAUAUAGUCACUUUUUUCUUUCUUUCUGCCAAGUAAAACCCUUAAUUCUUUAUUGUUUUUGGUUUAUGAAGUGUAAUUCUGAGGUGGGUAAGAGUAAGAGUGAAUUGGGAAGUUUUGUUUUUUAUUUUUUUUUGUUUAGGAAAAAAAAUUAGUGGUUUUUAUAAUUGUUUGGAGUUUGAAAGUUUAUUUUUUGGGUGUUGAUUUGAGGAUAAAGAGAAAACAGAGAGGUUUAUGAGAGAAGAAGAUAACUUUUUUAUCUUAUUCAUCUUCUGAGGUGCUGGUUUGCUCAUUUGGGUUACAUCUGGAUAUUAUCCUUUUGAAUGGGGUCUGAUGUCUCUGAAGUGCAGAAAACACCAACUCAAGCUCUUGGUACAAAGGUGCAGGUGCAUAUAUAUAUGUGUACACAAAUUCUGAGACUUGUUGAUAGAAUCUCGAGUAUCAUUCCUGAUAUUGAAGCAGCUCAGCCUCGGUGCUCACUAGGAAUACAUGCACUUUGCCAGUUACACAGCGCAAAUGAGAGAGCCAGGGAGCUCGUUGAUAAUUGCUGCAAUUCUAGUAAGCUUUUCCUGGCAAUAACAGGAGAUACAGUAAAGUUGAGAUUUGAGAAAGCAAAGAAUGAAUUGGAGCAAAGUUUAAGCCAACUUCAGAGUAUGGUCCCAGUGGCAUUGGCAUCAGAGAUAUCUGAGGUGCUUGUUGAUCUUAGAGCUAUACGUUUCUUCGUGGACUCAUGUGAAGAUUUGGCUGGCAAGGCUUUACGAGCAAUCCUGCAGCGAGAUGCAUCAUCUGUAGAGUCAGUUGGAAAUUCUGAGAUAGAGUUGCUUCAGCUUGCAGCUUCAAUGCUUCAUAUUACAUCGCAAAAGGAUCUCUUGAUUGAAAAAAGACGCAUAAGGACGCUGCUUAGUGGUGUGGACGAGGGAAAUAUAAAAAAAAAAAAGACUCUGAGGUACCUCUUACAUAGUCUGAAGAAGUACGAUAAGCUUAUUUUGCAAGGGCAGCCAAGAAAGUCCUCAACUCAACAUGAUGAAGUUCGUAUCUCUGGGAAGCCUGAUAAUAAAUCUAUAACAACCAACUCUGCGGCUCUUGGUACCCGCACAGGUCAUGGUGGCUUUUUCCGCAGUUUUAUCCCUCUUGAAGAAUUCAAAUGCCCUUUAUCUUUAAGGUUAAUGUACGAUCCUGUUAUCAUUUCUUCUGGACAAACUUUUGAAAGGUCAUACAUACAGAAAUGGUUUGCUGAUGGUCAUGAUGUAUGUCCAAUAACAAAGAUGAAACUGUCUGAUCUGGUCAUGACACCCAAUACUUUCUUGAGGAGCUUGAUCUCACAGUGGUCUGCAGAGCAUGGAAUUGAAAUUUCUGACCCUAGUAUAGUCGCUUCAGUAUAUGGCUCCCUGGACACUUCUUCAAAUUCUCUUCACAGCAUUGCAAGUUCUAUGAAAGAUAUCGAUAUUCAUAUAGAUACGAGCAGCUUAUCCAUUGGAUCUCUCGAUAGCAGUUACACUAAUAUCUCGCAUUCUAAACUUGGAAACAGCUUCAACUCUAUUAAGGAGUCAUCUUAUAUUGAAUCUCAUAGAUUUCGUUUCUACCGUAGCAUAGAUGACAUUAGAACACAGUUCUUAUCCAAUGUCAGGGAACUUCCAUGGGAAGCCCAAUGUGGAGCUAUCCAAGAUGUUAAUACUUAUAUAAUUCACUACAACCCUUCAUGUGCUUUUGUCUCCUCUGAAAAUUUUCUGGAUCCAUUAAUUUGGUUCUUGGAAGAUGCUCUUGAUAAGCAUGACAGAGAAGCUCAAAAGGCUGGAAGUCAGUUAUUUUUAACUUUUCUCCGAGCAAAGAGGACGAAAGAAGUACAUAUAAGCAAAAAUGUAUAUACAUUCUUGUCUUCUUUUCUUUCAACAGAAGCUGCUGCAGAGUCACUAGCCAUUAUGGAAGUAUUAUCUACUCAAGUUGCAUUUUCCAAUAUUGUUGCAUCCGGUGUUCACACUUCAAUCUUCAGAUUUCUGGAUAGCCACAAAAGAGAGUUUCAAGAAUCGGCCCUUAAAAUACUGUACAACUUUUCAUCGACUAUUGACAUUCCAACACACAAGUUAGCUUCGAGUUGGAUACCUAUACUUGUUCCUUUCUUGGAAGAUGAUAGCUCAGUUGCUGGAAUUUGUUUAGGCAUCUUGGAGAACUUGUGCAAAUUUGAAGAUGCUCGGCGUUCUAUUGCUGAGACCCCAGGCUGCAUUGCAUCAAUAGUUAAGCUACUCGAAAGUUGUAGCUGCAAGGACCAGGAACAUGCGAUCCGUAUUCUUCUUGAUCUUUGUUUACAACAUGAAUAUUACUGUGAUUUGGUUUUGCGCGAGGGCUGUAUACCUGCUGUUGUUGAUAUGUCGGUCAAUGGAAGCGAUAAAGCGAAGGGUGUUGCAAUGGAAUUGCUUCGUCAGUUGAGGGAGAUUAUAAAGAGAGAAGAUGAGCACGUGCAGGAGCUCCCCAGAUUAUCAUCAAAUGAUGAAUCAUCUGAGGGUCACUAUGUAGGGAAUGCUGACCAGAAAUCUUCCAAAUCACCUGGUUUUUUUAGGAGAUUGUUUAAAAAAAAGUGAUGCCCUUUUUCAGACGAAUCAGUAUAUUUGGAGAACUAUCCCCAUCAAACAUCUGCGAAGGUGGCAUUUUGGCAUAUUGCAGACUCUUUCGCUUUCCUCCUGAUCCAAAAUUUUGAGGUAAAAAUAGUAAUUUAUAUUUAGAGUGUCAAAUUGGUGAAUUUGCUGCUCACUAACUUCUUACUUGCUGGAUGAUCCAUUUGCUUAUGUAGUAACUUUAUAUGUAUGAGCCUUCCCUUGUUCAUAUUAGUUGGUAAGACUUGUAAAAAUGUAUAUAGCAUUUACUAUUUUGGGUCAGCAAUGUGAGUUUUUUAUGGCCUUUUACGAUAUCAGGUAAAAAUUGGAGGCAAGUCAUGAGAUUUUUCGCGCUAAACUACACAUGAACUCAUUGGUUACCUCCAUUUUUUACCUUUUUAUAGUAGGGUUUUAGGGUAUGUAAGUGUUCUUCAGUCUCUUCUUAGUUUUUAUAAUUGUAUAGGUUUGUCUUUGAUUUGAAAGGAAUUUAGACUAGGAACAUUAGAGCCUGUAUAGUAUAUAAUAGAGGAAAAUGGAUUUUUCUUUUCUUGGGGUGACUGCAAUGUUACACUAUGUACAAUCAUAUUCCUUUGUUGCAA